CACAGGCAAGUUUCUGCAAGUAAAACGUCAUGAACAUGACUUUCAGAAGACGACGAGUAAAGGAACCAGCAUCAUGUCUGUGCAAGGGGACUUCACAAAUCAUUCCACAGAAAUCAUUAGUACAGGCGGUAAUCAAAGCACAUGCAUGACAAAGCCUGAAGCAAGCCAUGAAACCAUGUUGCCUUGGCUCUAUCUGGCUUUGGCUGUCAUGGGCCUUCCAACCAAUGGAAUAGUCUUGGUGGAUCUUUGGAGAUCAGAGAGGACACCCACUAACAUCUUCACUUUGAACAUAAUCAUGUCAGACCUGCUGAUGGGCUGCAGUUUUUUCUUCAGAAUAGCCUACUACAAAGAAAAUACCAACUGGUUAUCUGGAACUCCAGCCUGCAAUGCAUUCGAGCUGAUCAUUUUCUCUUGCUUCUACAUAAACCUCUAUUGCAACAUGUGUUUCCUUUUGUGGACCAGCAUUAAUCGGUAUACCACAGUGGUUAAACCAGGCUGCGCCAUAUUUCAGAUCUUUAAACAUACACGGUCUUGUUGGAUCCUCUGCUUUUCUACCUGGCUGGUUGUCAUCACAGUUGUGUAUGCUAGCAUGGGGGUCAAACUGAGCCUACAAGUUGAAGGAACCUGCUUUGACCAAGUUGUCAAUAGUUACAUUGUCUAUAAAGAUCAGUUCAAUACUAUCCACAGCUUGGGUGUGUCAACAUUUUUCUUCAUUUUGUGCUUAAUGCUGGUCAGCUAUAGCCUGCUGGUCUUCCAUCUGCAGAAGAUAAGGGGAGGAAGUCUAGUCGGCACUGGAUUUGGGCCCGGAGGGGGUCUGAAGGUUCGCAGGAAGAUCCUGGCCUCUGUCAUAAUAUUUGUACUCUGCUUCCUACCCUACCAUGUGCAAAGGAUCAUCUUAUUAACAUCAGAGCAUAAAAAAUGUCAGGAAGAGUUUAAGAUUAAAACGGGCACCAUCUUCAUUGCAGCUCUGAGCUGUUGCCUGCAUCCCGUCCUUCAGCUGGUGUUUCGUUUGCGCUGCUGUCGAGCCAAUCGCAACCACAGAGUCAAACCCAAAACAGAGAUCUCCAAGACCCUGGACACACCUCAAAUACAUACUAUAAAUGUGACAGAACACGCUGAAGAACCUAAGGAAAAUGAAACUGAAUUAAGUCACCAGCAACCAAAAUCAUAGUUUUGAGAAAUUGAAAACUUUGCAUUUCCUGUGAGAUGCAUGCACCAAUGCUAACCUCAUGCUAACCUCGGAUAACUGUGUUUUGCUGCCAUUACUGUUUGGCAGAAGCAAAACUUUGUAAAACCAGUUUACAUGGUAGUGCGCUACCUCAGCAUACUAACAUACCUUUUACAA